UGUCUUGGCACCUCGGAUUGACAUUUGCGCGAUGCUGCGAGUUGCCGUUCGCACUCCGGGGUGGGGUCUGAGCCAGGUUUCUCUGUUGGCAUUGGAGGUCUAGGCAGCAGUCACCACCAUGCUCAAAGCUGUCAUCCUGAUUGGAGGCCCUCAAAAGGGGACUCGCUUCAGGCCUUUGUCUUUUGAGGUGCCCAAACCCCUAUUUCCAGUGGCGGGGGUCCCUAUGAUCCAGCACCACAUUGAGGCCUGUGCCCAGGUCUCCGGGAUGCAGGAGAUUCUGCUUAUUGGCUUCUACCAGCCUGACGAGCCCCUGAUUCGCUUCCUGGAGUCUGCCCAGCAGGAGUUCCAUCUUCCCAUCAGGUACCUGCAGGAGUUUGCCCCCCUGGGCACUGGGGGUGGUCUCUACCACUUCCGGGACCAGAUCCUGGCGGGGGGUCCUGAGGCCUUCUUCGUGCUCAACGCGGAUGUCUGCUCCGACUUCCCCCUGGGCGCCAUGCUGGCCGCGCACCGACGCCAGCCUCGCCCAUUCCUGCUCCUGGGCACCACGGCAAACAGGACACAGUCCCUCAACUACGGCUGCAUCGUGGAGAACCCACAGACGCAUGAGGUCCUGCACUACGUGGAGAAGCCCAGCACAUUCGUGAGUGACAUCAUCAACUGUGGCAUCUACCUCUUCUCUCCAGAAGCCCUGAAGCCCCUCCGAGACGUCUUCCAACGGAACCAGCAGGAGAGGCAGCUCUACCUUCCUCUGCGGGAGGACACCAAUGGCCUGUGGCCCGGUGCCGGCACCAUCCGUCUGGAGCAGGAUGUGUUCUCUGCCCUGGCCGGGCAGGGCCAGAUCUAUGUGCACCUGACUGAUGGCAUCUGGAGCCAGAUCAAGUCUGCAGGCUCAGCCCUCUACGCCUCCCGCCUGUACCUGAGCCAGUACCAGGUCACACAUCCGGAACGCCUGACGAGGCCCGCCUCAGGAGGCCCAAGGAUCCGAGGAAAUGUGUACAUCCAUCCAACGGCUAAGGUGGCCCCCACAGCAGUGCUGGGCCCCAACGUCUCCAUCGGGGAGGGCGUGACGGUGGGCGAGGGGGUGAGGCUUCGAGAGACCAUUGUCCUGCACGGAGCCACGCUGCAGGAGCACACGUGCGUCCUGCACAGCAUCGUGGGCUGGGGAAGCACGGUGGGGCGCUGGGCCCGUGUGGAGGGGACUCCCAACGACCCCAACCCCAAUGACCCCCGAGCCCACAUGGACAGCGAGAGCCUCUUCAAGGAUGGAAAGCUGCUUCCUGCCAUCACCAUCCUGGGCUGCCGAGUCCGGAUUCCUGCCGAGGUGCUCAUCCUCAACUCGAUUGUUCUGCCUCACAAGGAGCUGAGCCGCAGCUUCACCAACCAGAUCAUCCUCUGACUGGGAGGGGUGCCCCCAGCUGCCCCCCACUCCCUGCAUGGCCAGCCUUAGUCCAGGGGGAGGAAGUGGGGGAGGCUGGAGGAAGCCAGGCAAGAUGCUGUCCUGCUGGGUGCGAUGUGGGUGGUCAGCCCUCUCUGUUCCCCCCCCCCCCAAUAAACCCCUUGAACCUCAGA